AUGGGCGAGAUGUCGAGGGAGGCAAAGAUUUCAAUCGUGGCAUCGUCGACGUUUCCAGGGUUUCGGUUCUCGCCGACCGACGAAGAGUUGGUAUCGUACUACCUCAAGAAGAAGCUUGAAGGCGCUGACAAGUGUGUCGAAGUGAUUUCGGAGGUUGAGAUUUGUAAAUACGAGCCCUGGGACUUGCCAGGUUGGACAAAGAUUUCCUCGUUUGUGCAUGCUUCAAACGCUUUACUGUGGAGGUUAAUAUCUAAUUUUCAUCUAUUGCCAGCCAAAUCAAUCUUUCAAUCAGAUAAUGAGUGGUUUUUCUUUUCUCCCCGUGGGAGGAAGUAUCCAAAUGGCUCACAAAGUAAGAGGGCAACUGAAUCUGGCUAUUGGAAGGCCACUGGGAAAGAAAGAAAUGUAAAAUCAGGUUCUCUUCUCAUCGGCACAAAAAGGACUCUGGUUUUUCACACAGGCCGUGCACCAAAAGGAGAGAGGACAGAGUGGAUAAUGCACGAAUACUGUAUGCAUGGAAAAACUCAGGUGAUUAGUAUCAUACUCUUCAUUAUAUUCUUGUAG